GACGUAGAAUUUACAGAUAGAGGGAAUUCAGAAUUGAAAGGUGCUGAUGACGUAGAAUUUACAGAUCGAGGUAAUUCAGAAUUGAAAGGUGCUGAUGACGAAGAAUUUACAGAUAGAGGGAAUUCAGAUUUGAAAGGUGCUGAUGACGUAGAAUUAACAGAUGGAGGGAAUUUAGAUUUGAAAGGUGCUGAUGACGUAGAAUUAACAGAUGGAGGGAAUUCAGAUUUGAAAGGUGCGGAUGACGUAGAAUUAACAGAUGGAGGGAAUUCAGAUUUGAAAGGUGCGGAUGACGUAGAAUUAACAGAUGGAGGGAAUUCAGACUUGAAAGGUGCUGAUGACGUAGAAUUAACAGAUAGAGGGAAUUCAGAUUUGAAAGAUGCUGAUGACGUAGAAUUAACAGAUAGAAGGAUUUCAGAAUUGAAAGGUGCUGAUGACAUAGAAUUAACAGAUGGAGGGAAUUCAGAAUUGAAAGGUGCUGAUGACGUAGAAUUAACAGAUAGAGGGAAUUUAGAUUUGAAAGAUGCUGAUGACGUGGAAUUAACAGAUAGAAGGAAUUCAGAAUUGAAAGAUGCUGAUGACGUAGAAUUAACAGAUGGAGGGAAUUCAGAUUUGAAAGGUGCUGAUGACAUAGAAUUUACAGAUAGAGGGAAUUCAGAAUUGAAAGGUGCAUAUGAUGAUGAAUUAACAGAGAGAGGGAAUUUAGAUUUGAAAGAUGCUGAUGACAUAGAAUUAACUGAUAGAAGGAUUUCAGAAUUGAAAGGUCAUGAUGACAUAGAAUUAAUAGAUGGAGGGAAUUCAGAAUUGAAAGGUGCUGAUGACGUAGAAUUAACAGAUAGAGGGAAUUUAGAUUUGAAAGAUGCUGAUGACGUAGAAUUAACAGAAAGAAGGAAUUCAGAAUUGAAAGAUGCUGAUGACAUAGAAUUUACAGAUAGAGGGAAUUCAGAUUUGAAAGGUGCGGAUGACAUAGAAUUAAGGGAUAGAAGGAAUUCAGAUUUGAAAGAUGCUGAUGACGUAGAAUUAAGGGAUAGAAGGAAUUCAGAUUUGAAAGGUGCUGAUGACAUAGAAUUAAUUACUGUCAAUGUAGAAAACACUUAG